GUUUUCGUGGACUGUGCGCAUGUCAAAAGAUCUAAUCCGAUUCUAAUCAUGUGUUAUGUAAACGCGCAUAACAAUCUGAUUACUUUAUAUCGCGUUCAUGUAAACGCUGUGAUCGGAUUCGUCAAUCUGAUUGAAUUCAGUCCGAUCUGAUUAAAGAGUGUCUAUGUAAACGCACCUACUUUAAUCUGAUUGUGCUUCUAGUCCUGUUACGAUCGGAUUACAAGUAAACGCACCUAGAGGCUGACAGAGGAGAAGAAAUCGAUUUGGUCGCGGUCAUCCUUACAAAUGCAUUUUCAAGAAAAUCCUUUUGAUUCUUCAAAUAGUUGCAGGAAAGAGCAAACAGAAGCAGAGUGACGGUCAGUCAUGCUGGGCUCCUGGAUUUUGGCUGUGUUUUGCGUCUGCCUUUUCUUCCUCUUCAUCAGGAUCCAGAGGUCUAGGAACUUCCCUCCUGGACCAGAACCUAUCCCUAUAUUCGGGAACCUGUUUCAGCUGAACAUCAAAAAUCCUCUGAAAGAUUUUGAGAGGUUUGCUGAGCGCUAUGGGAACGUUUACAGCCUGUAUAUCGGGACGAGGCCAGCCAUUGUCCUUACUGGCUUAAAGGCAAUAAAAGAAGGUCUGGUGACCAAAUCUUCUGACUUUUCUGGACGUCCAGAAAACCUGCUGGUCAGCCAUUUCACGGAAAAGAAAGGUAUUGUUAUGGCUGAUUAUGGUCCUGAAUGGAAGGAACUUCGGCGCUUUACCCUCAUGACUCUGAGGAACUUCGGCAUGGGCAAACAGUCUAUGGAGGCCAGGAUUCUGGGUGAAAUUGAGCACAUGGUUGCACGAUUGGAAAAAAGUAUUGGCAGCACCAUGAAUCCUCAGACUCUGUUCCAUGAUGCAGCAUCAAAUAUCAUCUACCUGUUUUUGAUAAGCACUCGUUAUGACUGUGAGGAUAAAACCCUUAAAGAGUAUGUCCGGCUGUUCACAGAAAUCUCAAAGAUUGGCAAUGGACCUUGGGGAAUGAUUUAUGAUACACUUCCUGUGGUAAGAUAUCUACCCCUUCCAUUUAAGAGAGCUUUUACAAUUAUGAAGAUAUUAAAGCAAAAGGCAGCAGAUAUGAUAAACAAGCACAAAACGACAAGAGUACCCGGACAGCCACGAGAUUUUGUUGACUGCUAUUUGGACGAGAUCGAUAAGGGAGUUGAUGGCUCCCCUUUUAGUGAGAUACAGCUCGUGAUGCAUUUGCUAGAUCUGCACUUUGCUGGGACUGAUACCACAUCCAACACUCUGCUUACAGCUUUCCUAUACCUCACCACUCAUCCAGAUGUUCAAGAGAAAUGCCAGCAGGAGAUUGAUGAGGUUCUAACUGGAAAAGAUCACGUAUCUUUUGAAGACAGACACGACAUGCCAUACACCCAGGCAGUGAUUCACGAGUCUCAGCGCAUCGCCAAAACUGUCCCUCUCAGCGCGUUCCAUUGUACCACAAGAGAUACUGAAUUGAUGGGCUACAGCAUCCCAAAGGGCACUCUCGUCAUCCCCAACCUCGCCUCGGCGCUGAGUGAAGAAGGCCAGUGGAAGUUCCCUCAUGAAUUUAACCCAUUAAACUUCCUAAAUGAACAGGGGCAGUUUGAGAAGCCUGAUGCCUUUCUGCCCUUUUCUGCUGGUCCUCGCAUAUGUCUUGGUGAAGGUCUGGCUCGUAUGGAACUCUUCCUAAUCUUGGUCACCCUGUUGCGUCGUUUUCAGUUCAUUUGGCCUGAGGAUGAAGGAGCACCAGACUUCACUCCUGUAUAUGGAAUCACAAUUACCCCCAAACCCUACAAGAUGUUGAUCAAGCUGAGACAGGCAGCUAAAGAAAUAUAGAAUUAGUCAUAUAUCAUUAGUCUGAUGACAGUAUGAAAUUUACUGUACGGUUUUCUUUUAAACAGCAAUAAAAAAGCAACCCUUG